AUGAGGAUACUGACUGUGUCUCUGCUGCUGAGUGUGUCUCCGCUCCUGGAGUUUGGACCGACUGUCUCUGCAGUCUCUCUGAGUGUCCGUCCAAACCUCCAGCAGUUCCUCAGUGGAGACGCCGUUUAUCUGAGCUGUGAUGAAGGUGGACGAACAGUGAGGACGACAGCAGAGAGACAGACAGCGAAGAGGUCAGCGGAGACGGGUCAGUGUGGGAAAUAUAUUGGUAGUUCCUGCUUCAUCUCAGGCCUGUCUCCGUCAGACUCUGGACUGUACUGGUGUGAGACCAGUGAUGGACAGAGAAGUGAGCAGAUCAACAUCACAGUUCAGUCAGACCGACCGUUAAAACUUGAGAUCCCUGCACUUCCUGUGACGGCAGGAAGUGAGGUCACGUUGCGCUGUAGAACCAAAGAUGGCUCCACACCUGCAGCGUAUUUCUUCAGGAACAAUGUCCAUGUCAGAGACAAAGCAGCAGCCGAGCAGUUGAAGCUCAGUAAUGUCCAACAGUCUGAUGAAGGUUUCUACUCGUGUUCUACUGACAUGCUGGGGUCGUCUCCUCAGAGCUGGCUCAGGGUCAAAGGCCCCUCCCCCACAACUGUCAAUACACCUCCCUCUCUCCCCUCUACCCCUCCUACUUCCCCCGUGACCACUCCCGUUUUUCAAUCUAUUCAUCCCAGUUCCCCUUCUGCCCCUCCAUCUUCUCCCUCUGCCCCUCCCACUUUCCUGUCUGCCCCUCCUCCUUCUCUCCUUCCUGUCUCUUGGUUCAGACUCUUGUGCCACCUGGUGGUCGUCGGUCUGUUCUGCAUCAGCAGUGUCCUGAUGGUGUUGAGGUGCUGCAGCAAGACGGCUGGAAACAAAUUGACGGUUGAAGAGAGUAAUGACAUCACUGGUGACGUCAUCACGGAGCACAAUUUUUGACUGUCGCUGAAUUAUAAAAAUAAAAAUAUUUAAUUUCAUGUUAAAUUAAAA